AUGGAGGCGGCGGGCAGAGCAGUGCUGGUGGCCGGGAUGGUUCUGGUCCUGUGCGGGGGCGGUGUCCGAGGGCCAGAAGAAGAAGGAGAUGGUGUUGUCGGAGAAGGUCGGUCAGCUGAUGGAUUGGGCCGGGAAGAGACCCGUCAUCCGGAUGAAUGGGGAUAAAUUUAGACGUCUCAUCAAAGCUCCGCCCAGAAAUUAUUCCGUUGUCGUCAUGUUCACCGCCCUGCAGUCCCACCGCCAGUGUGUCGUGUGCAAACAAGCGGAUGAAGAAUACCAGAUUCUGGCCAAUUCCUGGCGCUACUCCAGCGCCUUCACCAACAGAAUCUUCUUCGCAAUGGUGGACUUUGAUGAAGGAUCUGAUGUUUUCCAAAUGUUAAACAUGAACUCUGCACCAACCUUCAUUCACUUCCCUCCUAAAGGGAAACCCAAGAGGGGCGACACGUAUGAGCUGCAGGUUCGAGGAUUUGCUGCAGAACAGAUCGCUCGGUGGAUCGCAGACCGGACCGAUGUCAAUAUCCGUGUAAUAAGACCUCCGAAUUAUGCUGGUCCGUUGAUGCUGGGCCUGCUCUUGGCUGUGAUUGGUGGAUUGGUGUAUUUAAGAAGAAGCAACCUCGACUUCCUGUAUAACAAGACUGGAUGGGCCUUGGCUGCCUUGUGUUUUGUGUUGGCGAUGACGUCUGGACAGAUGUGGAAUCACAUCCGGGGACCGCCGUAUGCACACAAGAACCCACAUACCGGCCAAGUGAGUUACAUACAUGGAAGCAGCCAAGCCCAGUUUGUGGCAGAAACGCACAUUGUCUUGCUGUUUAAUGGUGGAGUAACGUUGGGGAUGGUUCUUCUACACGAAGCCGCCACUUCUGAUAUGGAUAUAGGAAAAAGAAAAAUUAUGUGCAUGGCUGGGAUGGGCCUGGUGGUACUGUUCUUUAGCUGGCUGCUGUCUGUGUUCAGAUCCAAAUACCACGGCUACCCGUACAGG